AUGAGUCUGUUUGGCGCUGAUCCAGGUGCCCAUGGACGUGGACCCGAUAGAAGCCUACUUUUUAGAGCCAAUCUGUUAAAUGAAGAAAUGAGACGACCAAGCAUUUUGUUACCGCAUCUAGAGGAAAAUGAGAAGAAAUUCUUUGCAUUAGUAGCAUCAGGUGAUGUUGAAAAGGUACAAACUUUCUUAAAUGAUAAUACUGAUUUCAAUAUUAACUGCAUUAACUUCCAAGGAAUUUCCGCACUACUUAUAGCAGUGCAAUCUCACAAUGAGGAUAUGGUAGCUCUUUUACUAGUUCAAAGAGGAAUAGACGUUGGCGAUUGUGUCCUACAUGCAGUUCGUGAAAAUCAGUUAAACAUUCUAGAACUACUCCUUAACAAAGUCAAAUCGAAUUCGCCAAGUUUGGAAUUCGUCGGAGUAACUCACAGCACUGAGUUCCCCGAUCAUGUGACACCUUUGAUCUUGGCCGCCCAAUGCGGUCAUUAUGAGAUUAUCCAGAUGUUGCUUGAUAGAGGCCACGUAAUAAACAAACCUCAUCAUCCUACUUGUAGAUGUACGGAAUGCAUCGAUGGAAUGGAGCGUAACGAUUUGCUUCAUGCGGAAACAUUAAGACUUAAUUUGUACAAGGCAGUAUCAAAUCCAGCAUACAUUUGUCAUUCCUCUAUCGAUCCUAUUUUAACUGCGUUCCAAUUGUCAAAGGAGCUCAGAGAAUGCUCAUUUUUGGUACCAGAAUUUCGUACAGCCUAUACAGAAUUGGCACAGGAUAUUAGUAGUUUCGCCGUCGACUUGAUAGCGUGCUGUAGGAGUACCACGGAGAUGGAAAUCAUUUUAUCACAAACAGCUGGAGCGACCACCUACAUGUCAAUAUACCCUAGAUUGGUAAUGGGGCUUGACUAUAAGCAGAAGGAUUUUGUAGCACAUCCUAACACUCAACAAAUAAUUGAACAAGCUUGGAUAGGCAAUUGGCAUGAAUAUAAACUGAAGUCACCAAUUAUGAAAGCCACGUAUCCGUUUUUCAGAAUUGUGUUGUUACCGGUGAUGCUUCUUGUGUCAAUUAUAUUUCCCCGCCAUACCAUGAUUGACUUUUGGAAUAUUCCAAUUAAUAAAAUGAUAAAUCACAUAGCAGGUUACAUUGUAUUUCUUAUAUUAAUAUUUCUGGAGUCGAAUAGAGAUAGAACCAACCAGAGACGAAAGCCACCAACAACUGGUUUAGAACCAUUUAUUAUCAUAUUUGUCAUUGGAAAUAUAUGGAACACUGCCAGAAUGUGUUUGUUACAAGGUCCCAAAAGAUAUUUUAAAUAUCUGUGGAACUGGCACGCCAUAAUUAACAAUACGCUAUUCCUUUUAACUUUCUUAUUCUGGUUGGCAUCAGAAUUUGAUUACAUCAAGUACGACCAGGUGGACCUGGAAAGAAAAUAUUGGCACCAUUUAGACCCUCUGCUUAUUUCUGAAGGGACUUUUGCAAUAGCAACAAUCAUGGCCUUUUUCAAGCUGAUGUUCUUCUGUCGGCUUAAUUACUACUUAGGUCCAUUGCAAAUCUCCUUAGGAAAGAUGUGUGCUGACAUGGCAAAAUACAUCACCAUAUUUAUCAUCAUUAUUGUGUCAUUUUCGGCUGGACUAUGCAAGUUUUAUCAGUACUACGAUGGAAUGGUGCAAGUUGAUUCAAACGGAAUUAAGACGGCCCAAGUCUCGAGCUUUGUUAAUUUUAUCUCUACAAUGAGGACCUUCUUCUGGGCGCUUCUCUGUAUGUCUCCUUUGGAAUCAGCAGAUGUGAUCAUUGAAAAUUUGCCUGGAGACACGGAAAAGACGACGAUUAUCAAUUCGCAUUCAUUUACGGAGACAGUUGGGUAUAUUGCUUUCGGCCUUUAUGAAGUUUUAACUGUCGUGAUGAUUUUGAAUAUGCUAAUAGCCACGAUGUCGAGUACUUUCCAACGAGUAAUUGACAAUUUGGAUGUCGAAUGGACAUUUGGCAAAACUGAUUUUUAUUUAGAAUAUAUGAUGCAAACGUUCCUUCCGUCACCAUUUAACUUGAUUCCUACGCCACUCGGAAUAUCCACGUUUAUGGAAAUGUGGACAGGCCGCAGUAAUGUUAAACUCGUUGUAUCCGAACAGUUAGGAUUAAGCGAUGAUAAAGAAUACGAAUAUCCUGCCCUUAUUUCACUGCUGAUACAAAGGUACUUUAGAGAGAAAGACAAUUCCAGUUCUCCUAGCAACGAAUUAGAAUUAAUUAAGGCUGAAAUACAUGAGUUGAAGAAUUUGAUAAAAGAUAUUAUCAACUUAGACUGAACAAUGUACACAAUAUUAUUAUUAUAAGUUCUACAUUAUAUUUUAUAACAUUUUUAUAUAAGCAAAUAAAAUAUAUAUUUACAAACA